AUGCCAGUCAUUCCAGGGCUGGCACUGAACCCAGCCUCAGAUCAAGAUAUCGCCCAAGCCAGGGCUUAUGAGGCCGUGGUCAUAUUUGCGUGCAUGCCUAAUGCUGCUGCUGCACCACCCUGGCUGGUUGCACUCCAGGCCAACAUUCAGGCAAUUCAAGCAAACACCCAGAACAUGGCCACCAACAUCGAUCUCCUCUUGCAGUGCUCAGCUGAGAGCCCAAUCUUGUUGGAAAACAGCAGCAUGGGCAACAAGGAAGCCCUCUAUGACCCGAGACAACCUGGAUGCCAGGUUCAUCUGGCUCCACCACACCCCACCACAAGGGAUGAGCUGCUCAGGUUCACAUGUGAGUGGUGA